AGGAGGUUCACUUGUAAAAAUGUUUCAAAAACCCUCAGCAGCUGCAAAGAAACUUCAUGGUUUCUGCAGCUGUGGAAAAAAAAAAAGGCUCUUCCUUCAUAUCAUUAUUUAGUCUCUUUCUGCUUCCCUCCAAGCGAAAAUCGUUUCCUCCAUUAUCAACUUCUCUGAGCUCUCCCUCUAACUACAGAGAUGGACCGACGGCUACAAGAGACCAUCUUGAGAGGGGACAUACCGACCUUUCUUAGCCUAAUUCGAGAAAAUGAAAACAUCAUUGACAAAACAAUCACUGCAUGGUCCUCAAACACCAUUCUACACUUAGCAGCACGUUUUGGGCCUCUCGAAUUGGCGAAGGAGAUUCUAAAGCUGAAGCCAGAGAUGGUGUCGGAGGUGAACGAGAAAUCGGAGACCCCAUUGUUUGAGGCAUGCAGAGAAGGGAGAACGGAUAUGGUGAUGCUAUUGGUAGAGAGCGAUCCUUGGGUAGUUUAUAAGGUGAACCAAGACAACGAGACUGCUCUCUUUGCGGCCUGCGAAAGAGGGAAGCUUGAUGUGGUGAAUUGUCUCUUGAAUUUUCAACAUCUACUCAUGUUGGAGGUCGAUGGGCUUACUACUUCUCUUCACGUUGCAGCUUUGGGAGGACAUACAGAAAUUGUGAAGGAAAUCUUAAAAAUACGCCCAGAUUUUGCAUGGAAGAAGGACGUUAAUGGAUGCACUCCUUUACACCAAGCUUGCAGCAAAGGCCAUCUUGAGACCACCAGGGAGCUACUAAGAUUCGACACCGACCUCUCUUCUUUGCAAGACAACGAUGGCCGAACGCCACUCCAUUGGGCUGCCAUGAAAGGACGAGUGAGCAUCAUCGACGAGAUACUCUCUGUGAGUCUUGAAUCUGCAGAGAUGAUCACCAAAAAUGGAGAAACAGUUCUCCAUCUCGGAGUGAAAAGCAAUCAGUUUGAUGCAGUGAAGUACCUCAUGGAGACACUCAACACCACUAAGCUUAUUAAUAAGCCGGACAACGAUGGCAAUACAGCUUUGCACCUCGCAACUGCUGGAAAGCUUGGCACUAUGGUCAUCUACCUGCUGAAGCUUAAUGCUGAAGUGAAUGCUAUAAAUCGCAAGGGACAGACUGCCUUGGACGUAGUCGAGUCUGAUGUGAGCAAUUCUGGUGCUCUCCAGAUUUUGCCUGCAAUACAAGAUGCAGGAGGUAAGAGAGGAGACCAAUUGCCACCAAGUUAUUCCACUGAACUUAAACAAAUUAUAGCACCAGAAAGUGUUAAUAACCCCAAUGUUCCAUCUUCAUCUCCAAAGAAAGUGUUGGAUUCUCCAAAUCAUCAUCACCGCCGUAAUCAGCGACGCUCCAGGGAAAAGCAGCGAGAGGUCCAAAGCGAAGGUCUACGUAAUGCACGUAAUACAAUCACUGUUGUGGCAGUUUUAAUUGCCACUGUUACAUUUGCAGCCGGCAUCAACCCUCCUGGAGGGUUUAACCAAACUACAGGGAAAAUUAUAACGGGGAAGCAUACUUCUUUUAAGGUGUUUGUGGUUUGUAACGUUGUAGCAUUAUUUUCAUCCCUCGGCAUUGUUAUUCUUCUAGUCAGCAUUAUCCCCUUUAGGCGAAAAUCCAUGAUGAAAUUAUUGGCUGUGACACAUAAGAUCAUGUGGGUGUCCACGUCAUUUAUGGCGGCCGCAUACCUUGCUGCCAUGUGGACAACUUUACCACAUGGGAGGGGAGCAGUAUGGUUGUUGGUGUCAGUGGUGGCUAUAGGAGGAGGGUGCACAAUGGCAAUUUUUGUGGGUUUGGGGAUUUUGUUGGGUAAGCAUUUGGUGAGGAAAAGGAAAUGGAGGAUAAAUAAUAAUAAGGAAAAGAGAAAGAAGGAAAGUCCAAGCAGUAGCAUCAGCCGUGUAGAAGAAUUGAAGAUCAUGAAAGGAGGCAACAGUGAGUCUACUACUAAUUCAGAUGUGGAUAGCUCGGAUAAAGGUUACCAUUUGUAUUAGAUUUAAAUAAUUAUGGAGCUUAAUUUAGCGUGUUAGUGGACAGAUUAAUUAAUUAGAAUUCAGCUUAUGUCCAUAUAGCCAUAUUUGUAAUGGAAGUGGUAUUUAGGUAAAACCCUUCUAAUAAAAACGAUUCUAGAAUUUAAACCCCGAACUUUACAGGUAAGUCUACCUAGAAUUAGUCUAUGUCAUUUAUCCGACCAGUUGUUGGUAAUACGCCAUCAUUAUUUAA